AUGGUAGGCAGUAUAAAUACGGAGGAGCUUCUGAACAGACUGGACGAGCAGCACAAAGCGUACCUCGAAACUUUCCGCUUGGUUCACGAUGCUCUAUCACAUAACGUCGCUGCUAACUUGACGCUGGGCUCCCCCGCUGCAACUCCAAGAAGAAGGCGUCGCUCAACACUGGAGCACGAUGGCGAGCGCUCGCCCCCCAGAAUAACCGCCCCCACGCAUCGCAGCAACGAGAGCGACUUUUCGGACGAAGAUGAAGGCCUUUACGUCCAAGACAUAUUACCCAGCUAUAAGUUUGACUCCCAGCAUCUGAGGGAGCAUUUGAAGAGGUAUCAGUUUAAUGCGGAGGGGAGAAAGGCAUUGGAGUCGGUCAUUGAUGACAGGGGCAGGUUGAGGAACCCCGAUAGUUUGUUCCCGGAAGUUUUGCCGGAUCAUUCACAUACCAGCCAUUAUUCGGUGUUGGACGUUGGAACUGAUGGGGCACCUGUGAGUAGGAGGGCAGUCGUGAGCGAUGGGAGUAACAUUGAUUAUGCUAUUUGGCAAGCUAUUCAGGAUCUGAAUGCAAAUCCAAGCUCUCAACGACCUGCAGUGGGACGGAUCAGCAUCAUCCGAGAACCAAACCCAAUCAUACUGGGUGCCCUUCAUCUGACAAUGAACCAACAUAUCGACAUGGAUGAAGUUUUCAAGCUUCUUGUUUCGUCGGAUGCAUCUGCUCGGUCUUUCGUCUUCAAUUUUGAUUAUUAUACUGUUAUAGGAGAAACUUGUUCUCCUAUGGCCUGGCAACUAACUGAUAUCAUCCCCAAGAAAAAAGCGGAGCAUAUCCCAAUCUCGAAAUGUAGUUCGGUGGUGGUUUUAUCGCUAUCAGGAAAGUAUAUCAGGAAGUUGAAGAACGCACGUCGACGAGCCAAACCACAGGAAGGAUACAUAUAUGAUCCGUGGGCACCUUGGCACGUUCUUAAUAUUCAGUGCUAUCCUGACCACAAGCAUAGUAUGGAUAGUCAUGAUUCAACGAAACAUUAUGUGAACGGACCCGAGGCGUUUUUGACUACCUUGCUCGCUGAGUUCAAGGAUUCACAGAAAAGAUUUGAGGAUAUAUACAACAGAAUCAGUAAGCUCGUGACGCCUCCACCGGAAUUCAUGUUCAGCCGCGUCCUCCGCGACAAGCUUCUCUUCGAAGAUGCGGAAUUUACCUACUCCCGCCGUUACUUCUGGGCGUUCCAGACCCUUGGGAUGAUGAAUAACGCCAUCAAAGCCAUAAUUGAUUCCUAUGAAGACACCUUCACGGAUGAUGUCUGGGAAGGCAGGCAUAAAUCCCUGUGGCCCAUGCUCGAUCCCGAUUCCGCGCGCAAUAUCUAUUGGAGGAAACGGAUGCUUGGCUUGAAGAAGGAGUUUGAGAAAGAGGUUAAAGGGUUGCAGAAGCUUUGGGACGAGAACGAUGAUAUGAGAAAGGAGAUUCGCACGUUGAGGGAUCAGCUCUUCUCCGGUACGAGUGUACAAGAGAGUAGGAAGAAUUUUGAUAUGGCUGUUGUGACGAUUCUUCAGGGACGCAAUAUUAAGGUGUUGACUUUGGUCAGCAUCUUCUUCCUACCCCUUACUUUCGUCACCUCUGUCUUUGGCAUGACAAACCUCCAAAGCUCGCACUGGCGUGAAUGGUUUGCGAUAGUGAUGGUCACGAUAUGCGUUCCCUUCUUCUUCAUAGUUGGAUCCUUGAACACGACGUCCGGGAUAGAAUUCUGGGGCAAGAAGUGGAAGCGUCUCGGUUCAUGGGUAGCCAACUUCAGGCGAUCGAAAACACCAUCCAGGGGUACAGACGAUGGAAAUGGCGGCUCGGGAGGUAAGUCGUGA